AUGAAAGUGCAAAAGAAAAAAAAAAUUGUUACAAUUACUUUGAUGAUAAUAACAAGGAGUAAAUCGAAGGAGUUAGAAAAAUGUCCAUCUAAAGUUCUCAGUGAUACUCUCUGUAUUGAAAAUGUAUCAAAAAAUUAUUUAUGCUUCUCUAAAAUACUUUUAAAAGAUUCAAAUUGUUUCUUAGAUCGUACAAUUUCAAAGAUUCAUAAAAAUCUUAAUGUAACUAAAAAUGUUUCACAGAUGAAUUUCAUUAAUGAUUUGUUUCUCACAAAAGGGAAGUCAUUAGAGAAAAUAAAUUGGAAAGAAUUUCUUAAUGUACCUUAUAAAGAAAUGAUACAAAUUGAUGGCGACAAAUCACUUCCUGCUGAAAUUGUUUCUGAUAAUUUGGAAGCAAUUCGGGCACAAUACCAAAUUAAACUUGAUUCUUUUAAAAAUUAUAUAUUUGAUGGAUACAAUAAAUAUAUAGAAGAAAUUAAGUCAACGUCUGUUAAAAAUGAGAAAAUAUUUGAGGAAAAUGAAAUAGUUAACCAUUUAUCUGAAGAAGUUUUAGAUAGUGGGGAAGAAAUGGAUGAAGAAGAUAUUGGAGAAGAGUUUGAUGAUGAAGAGGAGGAGGAGUGCAAAGAUUUAUUUUCAUUAACAGACAAGGAUGUUGAAAAUCUUGAUGAAGAAUUGGAGGAGCUUGCUGCUGAAAGUGAUGAGGAUGUACCGAAAAAACCAUUAAAACUUUAUAAAAAAAAUAGCAUUGUCGAUGACAAAUUUUUCAAUCUUGACGAAAUGAAUGAUUUUUUGAAUCAGGCAGAAAAUGAAAAAGAUUCUGAAGGGUUUUUUGAAGACCUUGAUGGUGAUGACGAAGGUGCAGAGUAUUGUUAUAAAGAUUUCUUUGAAGAAAAGUCUAAACCUAAAAAAGUUCAUUUCAAAGAAGAUUUUAGUGAAAAUAAUAAAGAUAAGAAAGCAGAGGAAAAUGAAGACAAUAUGGAAACUGAUGCUCCAGUACUUCUAGGCCUCACUGAAGAUGAACCAAAAAGUACUUUUGAAAAAAGGCAAAAUGAUUUAAAAGCAAAAAUCAAAAAACUUGAAGAAGAAAAUCUUGCACCUAAAUCUUGGGAGCUUUCAGGAGAGGUUACUGCUGAUGACCGUGGUAAAGAUUCUAUGCUUGAAACACAUGUAGCUUUUGAAUACGUUUCUAAACAAGCUCCAACAAUAACUCCUGAUCAUACUGAGAUGAUUGAAGCUCUUAUAAUUCAACGUAUAAAGGAUAAACUUUUUGAUGAUCCAGUAAGAAAAGAAAAAAAAGAUGAAACUGUAAAAGUGUUUCGUGAAAAUGCUAUUGAAGAAAUACAACGUAAAUCUUUGGUUGAGGUUUACGAAGAACAGUUUAAAAAAACUCGUGGUGACAAGGAGGAUAAUACCGAGGAGGAUAAGUUAACAUUUGAAUUAGAGAAAGAAAUGAAUGAGAUAUUUUCUAAUUUAGAUGGACUAUAUCACUUUGAUUUUAAACCAACAGAAAUAGUGCCUGAUAUUCAAAUUAUUACAAAUAUGCCUGCAAUGAAAAAAGAGGAAGUUGGACUUUUAGCAAGUUCUGCACCUGAUGAGGCUUUGGUAGCUGCUCCAGAAGAAACUAAAAAAAAGUUAAAAGGAGAACUUAAAAGUAAGGAAGAACGCGAGACAACCGAUAAAUUACGUGAAAGAAGAAAGAAAAAAAAGAAACAAAAGGUGUUGGCUUCAAAAGGCAUUCUAAAAUCAUCUGGCAAAUCAAAAGACAAAGGAAUUAAACGAAAAGGUGACUCUGAUAAUAACAAAGAAGAAAUGAAAAAACUAAAAGGAAGUCAAUUUUUUGAGGCUUUACAACAAACGGCACAAGAUGAAAUUAAAAAGAAGAUUGAAAGAGAUCAAGGAAAGACUAAAAGAUUUAAAGUUCACAAAGAUGGGAAGAUUAAUGUGUCUGCUAAAUUCAAACUUUAA